AUGACACAGCCUGUGGAGAGGCGCUCCAUAGGCAGGGGGGCCACCGUCAGAGCCGCCACCUUGUGGGAGCGAAACCAGCGCCUGCCUCGGGGUAGCAGCUGCACCGGCCGCCGAGGGCUUCUCUGGCCAGCGUUGCUCCUACUAGUCUACAGCGUGGGGCGUAUCUUUGCAAACCUCUUCAAGGGCCUUUUUGGCAGAAAAGAAAUGUGCGUUCUCAUGGUGGGCCUAGAUGCUGUGGGAAAGACCACCAUCCUGUACAAACUGAAGCUGGGUGAAAUCGUGACCACCAUUCCCACGCUAGGCUUCAACGUGGAAACUGUGGAAUACAAGCACAUCAGCUUCACUGUGUGGGACGUGGGCGGCCAGGACAAGAUCCGGCCUCCAUGGCGCCACUACUUCCAGAACGCACAAGGUCUCAUCUUCGUGGUUGGCAGCAGUGACAGAGAGCGUGUGAAUGAGGCCCGAGAGGAGCUUAUGAGGGUGCUGGCAGAAGACGCGCUCAGGGACGCCGUUCUGCUCGCGUUUGCUGACAAACAGGACCUCCCCAAUGCCAUGAAUGCAGCCGAGAUCACCGACAAGCUGGGGCUGCACUCUCUGCGCCACAGGAACUGGUACAUUCAGGCCACCUGUGCCACCAGCGGGGACGGGCUCUAUGAGGGACCGGACUGGCUGUCCAAUCGGCUCCAGAACCAGAAGUGA